UUAGGUGUCCUGCCUGUAGGUGGCAGAGUCUGCUUUGUACGUUUUGCUACCCACGCAAUAGGACACGAAGGAAGAAGAAACUUUGACUUCCUGAAUCCAACUGACAAACGAAGGGAGGUAGGUACAAAGAUUACUGUCCUGAGGCCAUCCCUGGAAAACCAAAAGGGAAAGCUGUAUGCGUUCGUCAUGUUAGUCGUUGGCUGACCCUUUCCAUAACAUGAUGGACGACGUUGAAAUGGAGGGGAUGGCCACGCCGUCAGGCAGCUCUUCUAUCGGGGAUGCCGUGUCUGGUAGAGGACCACAGAGUGGACAGAGUGACACUAAUGAAGAUGAAGACGACCUCUACUACAUCCCAGAGAGAAGACCUUCUCUGGACCUGGGGCCAACUCCAAUGGAUACCAGCCACUGGCAUUUUGUGGACCAUGCCUUUCCUCCAGCUCUCAGCUACAAAUCAAUGACAAGUGAGGAAAAUUUAAGCAACAUGGAUGACGAAGAGGGAUCCUCCACGAGGGUCCAGCUAAACAAAGCGGAUUCAUACUCUAGCUGCUACUCCUUGGACAGUGACGAUUGUGAAAAGAUCAUCCCCAAGGUUAAAAGCAAAGAUGAUGCUGCCUCAGAGCUUCCUGACACACCUGAGUUAAUCCAAGACCCAAAAGAGAUUAGGCAUCCUUCUCUGACAGUGGCUUUCACUUUCAAGGCUAUUUCUAAAACCCUUGGGAAGCUGUCCGAGGGGGACUUUAGGAGAUUCAAGAUGAUGCUGUGGAAGCAUUACCCACAGUCAUUCAACACUCCUCCGCAAGGCAUGGACAUGGUGGACCUUGUGGAUCGGUUGCUCGAGCGUCACAACCUGGAGUCGUCUUUGCAGAUCACCAAAACCCUUCUUGAGGAAAUUGGGCAAAAGGAUAUGAUUGAUUAUCUCAAGACUUUGUGCCUCAGAAAUGAAGUACGUCAUGAUUUAUGCGAGACUCUGAAGACUAUAUACAGCGAAGUAUGUGAAGAUUCAGCCGAGCAGGGAGAGAAGAUGCCCGUUGACGAUGUCUUUACUAAUCUCUCCAUAACCACGACGUGCGAUAAUGGCCCAAAUAUUGAACAUGAGGUCAUGACCAUACCAAAGCUGGACAGCAACCAGAAGACAGGGAAACUGCUUUUUACUAAGGAUAUUUUGAGUGCUGAAAGGCUGGAGAAAUCGCACUUAAAGUUUGUGCUGAUCACAGGAAUGGCAGGGUCAGGGAAGACGAUGGCAGUCAGAAGGUUAGUCCUCGAUUGGAUUGAAGAGCGGUCCCACCAACACGUGUCCUUCCUUUUUCCUUUGACGUUCAGAGACCUUAAAAAGUAUGAGGGUUCCAAGGUCUCCCUGUUGGAAAUAAUACGCACACUCUACCCAGCAACAACAAAACUGAGGGAGGAGGAUUUUCAAUGCGAGGAAUGCAAAAUAAUGUUCAUCUUUGACGGUCUUGAUGAGUACAAAGGGGAGCUUGACUUUCAUAACACUUCGCCUGUCAGUAACCACUCAGAACCCGUCCCCCUGAACGUUCUCGUGGUCAAUCUCCUCCGGAAUAAGCUGCUCUGGCGCGGCCUAUUCAUGGUCUUUUCUCGGCCGCAGAUAAAACGCUGCGUUCCCUGGGAUAUGCAUUAUGAUGAGAUAGAUGUGCGUGGUUUCCGUGACGAAGACAAGGACGAAUACUUCAAGAAGAGAUUUAAGGACCCAGUUCAAGCAGCUCGAGUUAUUGCGUACAUCAACUCUUCCAAAACCCUCCGCAUCAUGUGCCACUUGCCCUUGUUUUGCUCACUGGUGGCUGAUGAGUACCAGCACAUAUUCAAGGAACAGAGGCCCCGGGCGGCGCUGCCCAGCGGCAUCACCUACAUGUACACAAAGCUGCUGCUGGCACUCGCACGUCAGCGUCGCGUAUUUAGAGCUCCACAGCAAAGCCCAGAUAAAGAGAGAGACUUCCUCAUGAAACUUGGAAAGUUGGCAUUCAGCAUGCUGGAAAAAGGCAAGUUCAGGAUCACCAAGCACGACUGGAAAGAUGUUGAUAUUGACAUCGAGGAGGCAGUGAAUGACAGUGGCCUGUGCACACAGUACCUCACAAAGCCAUUUGUCUUGUAUACUGAGAAUUCCAUCAGCUUUAUCCACCCCACCAUGCAAGAGUACCUGGCGGCCUUUUAUGUGUUUUUCUCCUACCGGAACCAGGGGAAGAACAUUUUUGAGCAGCAUUUGAAGGACAAGGUGAAGGGGAUGUUUAAGGGCCACAAGACCAUGGAACUGUACAAGAGUGCUGUGGACAGAAGCCUGCUGUGUGACGACGGCAAACUGGACAUGUUCCUGCGUUUCCUGUUUGGCAUGGCUCUUAAGACCAACCUGGAACUUCUCCAACCAUUCUGCACAUCUUCUGUAAAGUGUUCAACAUUCAUUGAAGAUGCUGCUGCCCUCAUCAGGAAGAAGAUGGGAGAAAACCAGUAUCCUGACAGGAAAAGCAACUUGCAGCGCUGCCUGGAAGAGCUGGGUGUGUGAGCCUCAGAGGCAGCAUCCAGUUGAUGCAACUCUUUUAAACACUGAUCACUGCGCAAAAUAGUUUGGAUGCAAAAAACUUUACAGGAGGAAAACUGUUUAAGACGUGCCUGUCAUGAUGGAGAACCAUGUUUCUCUCCUAUUCAACCAACGUGCACUUAUGGAGCUUUAUACUGAUGUACCAAAGAUUUAGAAACAGAAUAAUUUGAGGGAAAGGUGUGAUUUAUUGUGUUGACAUAGAUUUAAAGAAGCUGAAAGAUACUAAAGGGAUUUGGGGAGAAUUAUUUCCUGUUUUUAUACAAUCCAAUAAACAUUAUUAAUUGCUUGUCUGCUGCUAGCUUGUGCUUGACAUGACUUCAAAUUCCUAAUAGCCUUUUUUAACUGCACUAUUGUCACAAAAUCAUGAGCAACAGAACUAUUGCCCUUUGUCAUAAUUUAAUAGUAUAAUUCAAAAUAUGUAAAAACUUAAUUAUUUUUGCUUGUUUAAGUUUUGUUGAUCCAUUUUUAUUGCUUGUUGGCCGCUUGCAUUAUUGUUCUGUUGUGUAAUGCAGUAAUCACAUUCAAGAGCUGUAGCUCUGUAAUUAUUUAUCAUACAAAAGCAUCUGUACUCUAAUCCCUGCUAAAUAUUAAAGUGUUGAUCUCAGUGUAUGUUAAUACAGGCCAUGAAAGUACUGAAAGUGACACACAUUGGAAAAAAGUUAGCUCUUUGAAAUAAGUAAUACAGUUAAGAAUAAAUAUCUGGGGAAACAACCACAGAUUUCCAAUAA